AUGGUCGACACACGUAUUCCUCACCUGCCCAAUGAGAUUUUGUACGAGAUCGCUGGCUACGUCGACGAUGAGGACAUUUUAAACCUCCGUCUCUCGGCCAAGGUCUUUGAAUACAUCACAAAUGACCGCUUUGCGACUACAUUCUUCGGAGACCGCGCUUACGAACUGUCACCUGAGGGAUUGGAAGCUCUAGUCAAGAUCACGGAGCAUUCGGUCUUCGCCCCUCACAUCAGAACUGUUGUCAUCGGUCAUGGCGGCAAGCACUCUUCUGCAAAAUAUCACGAUUUGCUUGACCAAGCUUUCAGAAAUCUUGCUGCUCACGGUAAUGCCAUUUCCAUUGGACUC